UUUUCCCGUUCCUCAUUGAGGAGCGUGGAGACGAUUCCCUCUCCCUCCUCCAUAGCCAAACCUUCUCUCUCUCUCUCUCUGCAGAAGGUUAGAGCUGAGCUCUCAGUAGCGUGGCGGCAGCAAUUUGGCUUCCCUGAUUCCUUUGGGUCUUCAAGCCAUGGAGACAUUAUCUUGACGUUUGGUACUGACGAGCACUCCAUCCCCGUUUAUCCGUCCUCCAGACGCUGCCGGUGCCGCCGACGAACGCCGAGGCUUGGAGCUCAAUCUGCUCUUCUUCCGUUCCGCAGUUAACUCCUGGUAAUCGUCUCAGCGUUGAGGGUAUGGGGAACGGGGAAAUGGAUGGGAGUGCGGCUGGUGAUAGUGACAUAGAUUGGAAUACCGAAGAUGAGCUCGAAAUUGAGAACUAUCCCGUGUCUUCCUGCUCUGGAGAGGCAAGCUCUUCUGCAGGUUCUUCCAAUACGAAAUUGUUUGAUCAUUUUGUUGGGAUGGGGUUCUCUGAGAAGUUGGUUUCAAAGGCUAUAAAUGAAAAUGAGGAUGGAAAUUCUGACGUAAUACUGGAAGCCCUUCUAACAUACGCGGCUCUCGAAGACUCUCCUCAAGAGCAAGAGACUGAGACUGUUGUCCCUAAUAUCUCUUCUUCGGACUAUGAGGAGAACUUUUUAGAUGACUUCUCCGAUAUUGAUAGUAACUCCGAUAGCGAGGGCAUUUAUGAACCUGCGUCAGAGGAGGAGAAAAAAAUGAUGUUAUUGGCAGAGAUGGGUUACACACUGGAUGAAGCUUCAAUUGCCAUGGAAAGAUGCGGUGCAUCUGCCUCAGUGGCAGAGUUGUCAGAUUUCAUUUGUGCUGCCCAGAUGUCAAAAGAAGCAGAUGCACUUUUACCUGAGGAGAAGCCACAACCCAAGCUCUCAGUGGAGGAUUUCCAGAAAAGCAAGAAGAGGAAACAUGGAGGCUAUGAAUCAUGGAAACGAAGUUUGCUGACAAAGAAGCCUCUCGACCCAGAUGAUGAGCCACUUCGCCUCCCAAAUCCAAUGGUGGGCUUUGGGGUACCUACUGAACCAUGCCAACAGAUCCACAGAAAUCUUCCAGAGGCGGCCAUUGGACCGCCGUACUUUUAUUACGAGAACGUGGCACUUGCCCCAAAGGGAGUUUGGGACACCAUUUCAAGAUUUUUAUAUGACGUGGAACCGGAGUUUGUGGAUUCCAAGUAUUUCUGUGCUACUGCUAGGAAAAGGGGUUAUGUGCACAAUCUACCCAUCCACAACCGUUUCCCCAUUCGCCCACUCCCACCAUGCACCAUCAGUGAAGCUUUGCCGCUGACAAGGAAAUGGUGGCCUUCAUGGGACACCAGAACUAAGUUGAACUGUCUACAAACAUGCAUUGGAAGUGCAAAGCUGACAGAGAGGAUUCGGAAGGCUCUUGAAGACUAUGAAGGCGAGCCUGCAUUGCAUGUCCAGAAUUAUGUUCUCAAUGAAUGCAGGAAGUGGAACCUGGUGUGGGUUGGGAGGAACAAACUUGCUCCCCUUGAACCUGAUGAAGUGGAGAUGCUCCUAGGGUUCCCGAGAAACCACACGAGAGGGGGUGGGAUCAGCAGAACGGAUAGAUACAAAUCAUUGGGGAACUCGUUCCAGGUGGAUACUGUGGCCUACCACCUUUCUGUUCUCAAGGAGCUCUUUCCCGGGGGGAUAAACCUCCUGUCCCUUUUCUCUGGGAUCGGAGGUGCUGAGGUUGCAUUGCACAGGCUGGGUAUCCCCCUUAAGAACGUGGUCUCGGUCGAGAUUUCGGAGGUCAAUCGAAACAUUGUGAGGAGCUGGUGGGAGCAGACCAACCAGAAGGGAAACCUGAUUGAUCUGGCAGACAUUCAGGAGUUGAACGGGGACAGGCUGGAGCAGCUUAUAAACUUAGUUGGGGGAUUCGAUCUCGUCGUUGGUGGGAGUCCCUGCAACAACCUCGCUGGCAGCAACCGUCACCACAGGGAUGGGCUCGAGGGUAAGGAGUCCUCCCUGUUUUAUGACUACUUCAGGAUUCUUGAUCUCGUGAAGUGUAUAAUGUCCAGAGGCAUUUGAAAACCUUGAAACGCUGACCCAUUAGACUCCUGCGGUUCCCUCUUCUCCAAUGGCUGACAUAAAAAUUUCAAUUGUGAAGAUAGACUUGGCAUAGGUUCCUGAUAAGGGGCGUGUGUUUGUUUGUACAUCCAUUUUAUCAAUUCCCCUCUGGGUCUCUCUGAAAUUAAACUAAUUAAAUUCAUGACAACGAAUGAGUAGACUAUUUUCCUUCGUUCGGGACCGGGGAGCCUGUUAACAAUCCUGCGAAUCUUAUACGAUCCUAUGAUCCUAGUUCUGAUCAUACGAUGGAUGUAAA